AUGUGCAAUGUUCGUCUUGAGUGUGCAUUUUUUGGAAAAUAUGUACCAGAGAUUCUUGGACAAUUAGCAUCCGGAGAUAUGACUAAUGCAGUUGUUAUUGUGCAAUUUGCAAAGAUGAAACCAUUCAGAGGGAUACCAAGCAUUCAAAAUGUGUAUGGAGCUACAAAGAUCCUGUUUAAUCCUGAUGUUGAAGAGGCAGCUCCACUUUGUGAAAGAUUUUUUGCACUGACUGACCCUGCAUCCCAAGUCUUGAGUCAGCUACAAGACUCUUACAAAGUUCCCAUUGCUGAAGAUUUCUUGAACCUUACUGAAGGGAAGACAAUUGAGUAG